CACAUCGCCUCUCCAUACGCGUCCCGCCGCAUAUAUGACUCCCCUUCGAUCGCCUGGCAGUCCAGAUACACGAGACAAUCAGGAGGACGGGAACCCGUCAUUUCGUUGCCGCGCCUGCCAUCGAGUUUACCUUCGCAAAUCAUGCAUCGUGCGCCACUUGCACAAAAAACAUGGCUGGAUGCGCACAUUUUCCGACGAGGACAAAUACGAUGUCAUAGUCAGGCAGGCUCACUCAGAGGAUGAUUGUGACAGAUUCAAAAGGCGGUCCAGUACCGUCACCGUGGACUGGGCUGAGAGGGCGAGAGUUCAGAAGCCCUUGUACACCUACACACCAUUGCCAGAAGCCCUCAGGGCCCAACGCCAUCCUAAGGCACCAAAGCGGUCGAAACCACCAGUGUCUCAGAAGACGCAGCUCUCAACCUUCGACCACCCGUGGCGCUACAUCAUGCCCGAUACAGCAUCGAGUGUGUCGUUCACUGUGCGCAGGGACCAGCGAGCUUCCGUGAUCAUCGAGCACCCUGGGCCCCGACUACCACCUAUGCUCAGCUCUCUAGAUCCACAGACGACGGCUCGCACUGCUGGGCAUCGCGAUGCUGGGGAGGGCAGUCCCGGACCAACGACGCAGAUGCACACUGGGCUGAGCCACAUCACAUCAGUUUCAGCAUCACGAAAGGUUAGGGUUGGACACAUCUUCCUCCGCGCCGACCACAAUGGAGAAAGACCACUUUACGUUCACCGUGGGCAAAUUAGAUGCAGGCAUGGCGGUACGACUAAUGAUCCACGUCGCUUCACCGUUCACACUGCCGCUCACCAGAUCCUUCUCGGCGAACGCGCUCACCUGAUCGAAUUUCCCUCCGUCCUCCUUCCUCCCGGUGCGACCACUGGAUCCAUCGUCAACAUCUCCGUCCUACAGAACCACGCCGAAGAGAAGAGGAGAGACGCCGCGUUUUGGGCGCUGCAGGAUGAGAUACUUGACGAGUUUGGAGUGCGUACGCCUGAGCCACCGAAACUCCAGCUGCGCAAUGUGACACAGACGUCCGUGACCCUUGAGUGGCCCCCCAUCGAGCUGGCCACAGCCAAAUUGCGAUCGUUGGACCUCUACCGCAACGGGCAGCGCCUCGCACCGAUCCCGAACCCGGCAACCAACACCUCCAGCAAGAUCUCGGGACUCGAGCUCGACACCGAGUACACGUUCCAGCUCGUCCUGCGCACGACCGCGGGGACGUUCCCCUCGGAGUUGCUUCGCGUGCACACGCACACCAUGACCGACACCUCCGGUGUGCGUGUAUGUUUCGGGACCGUCGAUGACGCAGGGCUCGUCGAGCAAGCGAAAGAAGCCCUGGAGCGCAUCGGCGCACGGUGGAGCGAGAAGAUUGAGAUUGACACGACGCACUUCGUGUGCACCACACCCAAUACGCAUACACCGACCGGUGUGCCUGAGGUCGAGUAUCAGCGCGCUGUGCAGCUGAGUAUACCCAUCGUCCAGCCGCAUUGGAUCUUCGCGUGCCAGUCUGAGCGUCGAUUAGUUCCUAUCGCGCUGUUCGGACUGGGAGCAACACCGCCUAACGCGCUACCCUCUCGGCGCCCACAGUCCAUGUCUGCUGCAUCUCCCACCCAACGCUCACCCGCCAGCGCAGCUGCUGUGCGACAGUCAAUGCCACCGACCGUCUCGCCCAUUGGCCAGCCUGCAACCUUUGUAGGGCCGUCGGUUAGCAAUAUCCCACCACCAACCGUGCCGGUCGUCACUGUUGAAGAAGCACAUUCGGAGGAUGAAGAAUCUGAUGUGGCUGAGCUGGAGGCAAAACGGCUCGCCUUGAUGGAGAAGCGGGGAAGCAAGACCGGGACGAUGAACAUGCAGUUUAAAUUUCCGCCCACGUCUCCGACAAGUCUUGGCCCCGGGGAUUCCGAUGCUGCGGAUGCGGCCGUUGAGCCAGAGAGUAUUGAGGUUCCGCCGCCGCCGGUCGUGGAGAAAGAGACAAUAUCUGCUGGUGUGAGGAGUGAGGGUGACGUCGAUGAUGAUCUGGGCGAGACGGAGGACAUCCCGUUGUAGUCAGUAACCUCUCUGAUCCCUUUACUUUCUCCUUCAGCCUUGGCGCUACUCUGAUCAUCACGCAUGUACUUCUCGUCUGGGGAUUGUGCUUCCCAGGGGAUGAUUCGGAGGACACGUCACGGGUAACAGCUUGCCUCCCUUGCUUCGAGCUCUGGUGGCGAUAUUGUGAUCCGUCAUGGAAGGUCGGGAAAGGAGCACUCCAUUUCGCGUCAAAACAAUUGACAUGGCUUCCUGGUGACGCUUCGUGGUAACUUCAUCGCAAAUGGGAAAACUGGAGACGAGGCCCAAAGCUAUGCGCCGUGACACGAUACUCUCACCUCCAGGUCACACCGCGCAGCAAUGCUCCUCAGCAGAAAUAUCCGGUCUACUACCGACGGUCGCGCCAGAAGCGAGUCCUCCUCUCUGGAGGCGAGAGGAGGUGCGGGACCGCUCAUCCGCCAUCGCCCUGAAAGGGAUACCGACCUGUGGAUGUUAUUCACCGCACUGCACCACACUGACACGUUCCGACUGCGGGGGCUUCGAGGCCCAGGCGUGGCCGUCCGGAUCCCAACGGAGACAUUCCACUCGAUGUGCGCAGUGGGCGAGGAUCCGUAAUGGCUGCAUCGCAGGCCUUGCCCGGUUUAUCUCGAGGCAGCAUACCCAAAGACGUUGUCGGAAUCUGACUCGCGGAGUUUGGGCUAACGCAGACCUAUGUGCAGAAACGCUACACUAUCGCUACAGCGAGUGGGAACGUAUGGAUUGGUGUGCAGCUGGGGGGUUUGGAACCGAGUAUGAGGCCGUCCGUGCUUAUAAUGACGUCGUCCCAGUUGAUCCGGUGAGCGUGUCUUGGAUGGUUAGGGCGGCGUCUAGGGUCAAUGUCAGUGCGUUUUGACUCAGUUUCCUCGUUUAUCCUCUGCAGGACCCUGCAGCUCGGACGCCAAAAACAUCGUCCUGAACGGGAAGAAGUCCACGCCGUCGCUGACGAACGUGGUGAAUCCCGGCAGCGCGGUGGACUACAUCGACGGCGGCACGUUCGUGACCGCAGGCGCGACGCAGCAGUUCAGCGCCAUCAUCUCGAUCGACGAGAACAACUUUACCGGCGCGGAGGCGCACGUCGGGAACAGGAAGAGCACGACGUGGCUCUGGGCCGAUGAACGCGGCGACUAGGGUUAACGCCCAAGGCCGGCACUACGUGCUCCGGCAGCGUCUACUGCGCGCAGGACCCCGCCGAUCCCACUGACUAGUCAGCGGGGCGCCCGUAUCCAGUAUUUUGUACGAUUUGGAACGAAAUUGUGAUAUCUUGAGUCUCUACAGAUUGCAGGGUGUAUACAUUGCCGCAAUGAUAAGAUAAGAUUAGAUGCCUUGUCACCAGUUGUGACCUACAUUCAGGACUGCGACAUCGGUGUUCCCGAGAUCCGCUCCAGGUGCUGAAAGGCACCCGAAGUGUCUGCCAGAGCUUACAUAAUUCAUGAUGGUCAAGGAUCUCUUCCUCGGUAGAUCCAUCCUUCGGCCUCCCCUCACUGUCGAUGCUCCAGCGUUCAAACUCCGGAUCGCACGGCGAAGUAACGCGUAUAUCAUCCCCGCGAUAGUUGGCUCCACGAAAAAAAAGACAUCCUCCAUCCGUCCUUGCCUUGCUGGCACUCUCCGUCAGUCCUGCCUACAGUACGACCCACAGGCCACCGAUGUUCGCGCUACCGUGGGCCUGGGUUUGGGUUUGGGCGGGGUCGUCGACGCUCGUCGUCGCGCUAGCGCGUCUCGCGCCUCCUCCUCCCUCGCUCCAUCACCGCGCGCACCGAGAUCUUCCGGCCGUUCUUGACGCUCGAAGAGGCCUAGGCCAUCCUUUCGUGCGAGGAGCGCAGGGACACAGACGAGGGGGAAAGCAGGGGCGAAGACGAUGAAACCAAGUCGCCUCCUCGUCGCGGCGUCGUGGGUGUAUGCUGUCGCGCGCCUAACACUGCGCCCUCCACCCGUCACGGCGCCGUGCGACUAGUUUGCGCUGUACGUGGUGCAUGUCUGCGGCGGACUGGAUGCCCUGGGCACGCUGUUCCUCCAGAGGCAGAUCCAGAGCCGGGUCGUCGACGUGCCCCCACACCAGAUCUCGAUGAAUCACCCGAUGCUCGCUGUCCACCGGUCCGUUCCUCUCGUGUGGGCUUUAUCAGCGUCGACGCUCGUCGCGGCGCUGCUUCUCGUCGUGGUCCUGCGCAUUCCCGUGGGCAUCCCGUCGAUAUCGGGGUCUCGGUCUCGCCGGAGGACUACACGUCGCUGUGGAGCUCGACCGUGUUCAGCUGGGUGUACCCCAAGAUCGGACGUGUGAGGAUCGAUCUCUCGGGACACCGGUGUAUCGCCUGAACCAGGGAAUCAGGCUCGCACUCGACUUUGGAAUUCAAAGAUGUGUGGGAGCUCAGCGCGACCAAUGCAUCGCGGGCGGUGUUCUGGAAGUUCCAGCACGUGUUUCUUUCUGUUCACGCGCGUUGCCUUUGCCCUGACUCCCAUUUGGACGGUACCACGUCCCUGUUGAUGGAAAUCGCGCGCGCCAACGCGCUCAAUCUCACGACCGAGUAUGCUCCUGUUG